GCUACACUAGUAUUAUGGUAAAAGGCUACCAUGAUGUACGUACAUUCGUUCUGAAUAUAUAAAAUCGAUAUAAUAGGGUGUAUCUAUGUAGAUGACAAUUCAGUACAUACUUUCACUCGUAAACAAAACACACUCCUCUGUCAGGUAAACUCCUAACUUCCUCAAAAAACAUGGCUCAAUUAAUUCAACGCGUGGCCCAAUACCUGGCCAACGAAGUGAUCACAAAAUCGCUCGCACGCAGCAAGAUGUUCCAAAAUUUUGCACAACGAACGCACGGCAAUGUCGAGAAGUUCAGCGAGGCAUCUAAGAAGCACACCGAAUCAAUAGAUAUGAAUAAGGUGGCCGAGAAUGCGGGAGUGACCAUCGGCCGGUUUAUGGGCAACGCAAGCACCUUCGCACAGACCAUGAGCAAGAACGCGUCCAAGUCACUCGCCGACGCGCAGAAGGUGCUCGCAGACGCACAGAAGAACGCCCCCAAAUGAUCGGGUAUAUAUAUAUAUAUAUGGGCACACGGUGGGGGAGUGUAGUACGGGUGGGGUGAGAUAGGGACAGAGACGAGAGAGACAGGCGUGGUCGUAUACACACACACACCCACACACACCCGCAGUUGUAUGUGCACCUGAGUCCUGUGUGGUCAGGACCGGGUGCAUUAGCGUGCGUAUGGGGUGGGUGCAUGGGCCUAGCCUGUGUGUUUGCGCGUGUGGGGUGCAAUGGAGAAGCCCUGGAGACGUAUGAGACGUGGAAACUAGGCCGUGGGUAGAGAUGCAUGGGGUGUAGCUGUGCGUAUAGAUACAUAGGUUGCAGCUGUGUGUAUAUAGAUACAUAGGUUGCAGCUGUGUGUAUAUAGAUACAUAGGUUGCAGCUGUGUGUAUAUAGAUCAUGGGCUGUAGCUGUGUGUAUAGAGGUAUUGGUUGUAGUAUGUGGGGAGGCGAUACAGCACGCAGGUAGCUGUAGCUGUAGCUGUUGCACCGGCGCGUGUACGAAGCUCGAUGUACGCACCCAGUUACAGAGGGACAUGCAAUAUCUUAUGAAGACUACCCUGGACAGGCCCAAGUGAGGUGUUGUGUUUUCUCUAGAGGAGAUGCCGACGAUACCUGUGCAUAUCGGUCACACAGGCACACGUUAUGUGUGUGUGUGUGAAUGAUGUGUAUGUAUGUUGCAUGUUUGCUUCAAGUCGACCACCUCUUCGCACAGGCGUGUGUGCAGAGGGGUGGUGUCUGGGCAUGCGCGUUGGGUUGUAGACGUCUCUGUCUAACGAGCUACGUAUGCCGUUGCUUGCGCCAACGCGCUUGUUGGUACAUAUCCAAAACGUUAUACGUACGUUUGUAUGUGUUGUAGAAAAAAUAUAGUAGGUAUGGAGGGGCUGCUGGUGAAGGUAUCGUUAUGAACUGGAGUGGCGGCGGUCUGUAGUGAGAGUCACGAAGGUAGUUAUGUACCCAGCAGGGUGCUUAUAAUAAUAAAGGUUAAUAUAAGAAGG